AGUCCAGGGCAGCUCUCCAUUACUCCAGAGUCCACGUUCCGAGUCCAAGGAGUUUUUCUUUCCCACCCAUCUCCGCCCUAGUCUCUCUUGUGAUGCCGUUUUCUUGAAAAAGGUUCCCCUUCAUAAAUCAUCUUCCGUCUUAUUGUGUGCACACAUUCAAGAUGAUAACAGCGCUUGCCGCAGCGCGUCAGAAGGAGGCGGAGCAAGCCAUCAGAGAAAAUCAAGCUCGUCAGCAGAAAUUCGAUAGAGCUCGCACGCAAGUCCUAGCCCCUGGCACAAGUAGAUCAGUCUGUCAAUGGCAACAAGAGGCUACCAUGGCAGCAGACGCCAGCUGCUGCAGCGAGGUCGCUACCAUAUUUUAAACCUCCACAGCACUGCUCUUCAGGCGUGCAAGAUACAAAGUCUAGUGCGUCUCCAUCCAAGAAGAAAGGAGUAAUCAUGACAGCGAAAAGAAGAGUAGCGUGCGAAAUUGCGGGCAACACGGAGUUGCUGGGUGCCGCCUUGGUCAAUCUUGACAACUUGCUGAUCAACAAGAAGAGCAACGCUGUUGCGAAUGGCAGGCUUAGAUCAUGCGAGCUCAUCACUGGCCGGACAGCGCUUCGCGCGUGGCCUGCGUCGGAUGCCUCGCUGUGCACGUAUAUCGGCAUUGUCAUCGCAGCCGAAUAUGCGUCCGUGCCGGAGGUUGUGAGUGACGUCAUGUCGGCAUCCCCGCAACUAGACGAUCGCAUCGGCCUCAGAACUAGAGAAGUAAUAGCAGGGCGUGUUCGGUGAUAGAAAUCAGAAGCAAGCCUUGACCCUCGCCAUGAUCAGCAAGAUACCACCAGGCGACGACCCUUCUGCUUUGCGUGCCAGACUUCCUACUAUUUUGCUCGUUGCUUUUUAUGGCGCCCUCAGGAAGAGCGAAGCUGAGGCAGUGGCGUUUGGUAAAGCGGCUCCAAUUACGUGGGGAUGUACUUUGACGAUGUCGACGGGUCGUUGGUUUUGGACUUCUCGUUAUACAAGCAGAAGGGUGGCGUAAGAUGUGCAAGAGUGGCCAGGAUCUUCUGCACCUGUUCAGAGGAUGCCCCUGCUUUGAAGAAAGACAGAGUAUGUCCCAUCCACAGCAAGACGCUGAGGGAGUGCGUCAAGUCUUUCACAGCAGGAGGGAUGGACGUUCUGUGGGCUAUUAGAGCGUUGGUUCGUAACCUUAAAAUCCCAGAGGCUGAGCAGUCUAACUUUGCCACGCACAGUUGCCGAGUUGGCUGUGUUGUGCAUUUGUUUUCGCUGGAGUUGAUGCCGGAAACCAUCAUCCACCACGCCAGAUGGUCGGACACAACGAUGCUGCUUUACUAUGCUCGUAACAGCAAGAAACAUCCCAGAGCUGCUCACUGGACUAAUAGCAUCAAUUGGAUCAAAAGUAGCCAAGUUGUAAACAAGCAGGCGAGUGAAUUCGACGCAAGCGUCUUGCAAGAUUUCGACUUUGAGAAUUUAGACAUAGAGUAGAGCAUGCUUUUCAUUGGCCAUGGUUGACUCUUUUCCCGGUAGUCAAGUCAAAUUAACAGAGAUCCGUCAGCACCACAGCAGAAGACAGGUUGCUGGGUCGUCACAGUGUCCACAAAGCAAUGCACGAGAGUCGGAAUGAGACGAGCGAGCCGCAAGUAGCAUAAGAAAAACGAAAAAAAAGGGCAAAUCGAGAGGGUGUCUUCCAAAGUGAGUCACGUUCUUAGUGUGUGCUUUUCCUACCGAAUUCAUCUCCAAGCAAGGCGAAGACUGUGGAUAGUGCAAAG